AUGGAAUUCGAGACAGCAGUGCACUCGGUGGAAGAACCAACAUUGGGAAUCUCAAGCCCAAACACCCCAGCGACGACGUUUCAGAUCUGUGAUAAUGGCGACCUACGCGACCGACACCAGCGACGGCGCAUUGAGGCCGCCGGCCAAUCACGUCUGCCGAAACGCAAAUCCUGCAAGACAGAAGAAGCAUGCCACUAUCCCGCGACCUCCUUGCUUCCUCGGAUCGCUGACCCUCAUGGCAUCUCUCCUGCUUCAUCCAGCUUAGUCGCUUCGUCUAGACCGGGUCAAGCGAGACCAAUCCCCAGCUCCGUGGAUCAGAAUGUUAUGGGCACCUCGGACACCCCAAGGCACGAUGUACCUCACCCUGAUACAUAUGACACUUUUUCGCUGACCAUGACUGGCAAACAAUGCAACGCCACAUACAGUCACUUCGAUCCAAUCACCGCCACGGGAUGUAAUCCAUUCGGUGCUAGCAAUGUGGACUCAAUAAUGCAGGCGAUGGACGGGUCUCUGUUUAGUUCUGGUACUUCCCUGCGUUGGGGCGACGACCUCACGCCGCUGAGUGAUCCUAUGCCUGUUGAAAAUGUCUUAACUGGUGGCUUAGAGACGUCAAUUAACCCAAGAUUGUCCUUGCCCCUCAAUGAGAUCUCCAGGCCAGUGGGUCCGUUAGAGACCCGCCAGCCUGAAGCAUUACCAGCAAGUGCCUACAACGCCCACUGUGCUUACAAUUUGCUAUUGCCUUCAGUCCCUUCCUCAAACAGCCAUUAUUGGGGUAUUCAUAGUCGUGGGGAGAACAACGAUCUUGCACAAAGACUUCUCCGCGGUGAUAUUUUCUGCGGCUGA